AUGGUGGCUGGCGGCUCCUCCACGGCGGCGCCGCAGCCCUUGGCGGAUGGGGGUCCUUGCUCCCCAAGUACGGCAAAAUCUUUCGCACAGCUAUUCUCGCAGCCUAUCGAAUCUCCAAUCCAGGUGAAGCCAACAACAAAAUACAAGGGUGAGGCGGCUGUUGUAUUCUCCAAAGCAGAGGCGGACAAGCUAGCAACUCCUUUCCGCUGGGCUCUGGUGGGGAAAUUCUCGUACGGGCGGCCUAGUUUGGAAGGGGAUUCGGAAUUCCAUGUGAAGAAGGAGUCAGCCUUGGUACCAGUUUGGGCAUCUCUGCCGGCCCUUCCUGUUCACUACUUUGACAAACAUUCGUUAUUCUCUAUUUUGGCACCAGUUGGGAAACCACUCUUCCUGGAUUCGGCAACGGCAGCGGGCAUGAGACCGAGCGUAGCAAGGGUGUGUGUAGAGGCUCAAGUCGUAAAGCAGCGUGAAGCUGCUGAGGCUGUCGAGGAGGCCAAGGGAGGUGUAUCAACGCCUGGGGAGAUUGGGGAUUCAACACGAGCAGAGUUGAUGGUGGGGCAGCCUUCAAUCCUGGCUGGUGACGGAGGCAAAAGUCAGGCGGACACGGCUGCGGAAGCGGCGACGACGGACCCUGUACAGCAGCCUGUUCGUUCGCUUGUUGCUGAUGCGACAUUGACACUGCUGCAGAGCAUUGGGCAGGUCGAUGGCGCACCAGAUUGGGACCGACCCAUAGGCCCUUUGGCGACAGAGGGAGUCUUGACGGAGCAGGUAGAGGCUGGGGUGGAGGGCAUGCGAUCCAACGCCGCUUGUGGGCAACUACGGGAGAGUGGGCAGGAUGCUACAGCUGCUGGCCAGGAGGGACAGGUUGCAUGUGACGGAAGGGAGGGGACGUUGGACGGGGAGCAAGGGGUGCGCGAUACACAGCAGGCUGACGCGGGGCAGCUGAUUCUGCUGCACAACAGCGAGCUGGGGAGUUUAGUUGUUGAUUUGAGUGGGAGGGAGGAGGUGCCUCACGAUAGCCAAGGGGACGUCGACAUUGGGUUAUCGCCUGUGGCAGGGAAUCUCUCCCCACGGCUGGUUGUUCGACAAGAGAGGGUGGGGGAGUCAGCGGUGGUGGCUUUGAACAUUGACCAAUCUCAAGCAGUUGAGAGAGAUGCCAAGCAAGCGAGAGGGAAGGGUGUGCGUGCUCGCAUUCCCUCUGACAGACAGCUUCGGUCCGCGACAUCUUCCCAUAACUCCUUUCAGGCUAAGUUCGUUGCAAUAUGUGAGCCCAAACUAGAUGUGUCUAGAAUUGAGUCCAUUCGAUUACGUUUACAUUUUGAUUUUGUGCUUGUGAAUUGCUCGGGAGAUAUUUGGGUGUUCUACAAUAGUCCUUUCGUGUGUUCCAUGGUUGGUAAUUCGAGUCAACAUUUAUCUCUUUCUGUGCAAUCUCCGUUGAUGCCGGGGUCAAUUAUAAUGUCUUUUGUUCAUGCAAAGUGCUCCGUGGAGGAGCGGAGGGAACUUUGGAGCAACCUAGUAGCGGAUAAGCCUAGCUCUCUGCCAUGGUGCAUUGGGGGGGAUUUUAAUGUCAUAAUGGCUCCUCAUGAAAAACGGGGAGGCCGACCAUUUGCUGUAGCUGAGGGAGUGGAGUUUAUGUCCUUCUUGGAGGAGGCUGGGGUUUUUGAUGUGGGCUUUUCAGGGCCUAGCUUCACGUGGUGUAAUAAUCGGAGAGGUAGAGCUAGAGUGUCAAAGAGAUUGGACAGGCUGUUAGUCAAUGCGAAAUGUUUGGACUUCUCUGCAGCCAUCUCUGUGGUUCACUUGGCGAGACAUCCCUCGAACCAUGCGCCGUUGAAGAUUUCGUUUGCUUCUCUGAGUGACAAUAAGCCAAGGCCUUUCCGAUUCUUGAAUGUCUGGACGACUAAACCGGACCUUUUGGAGGUGAUUAGACAUGCCUGGGGUCAAGAAGCAAGUGGUUCUCCACUGCGUGUAUUGUGCUCUAAAUUAUUAGCGGCGAGGAGAGCUAUUCAGGUCUGGAACAAGCAAUGCUUUGGAAAUGUGAUCGAUGAUGUUCGUGAGGCGGAGCAGACGGUACAAAGGGCUGAGGAGGCUGUGGAUCACGAUGAUUCGGAAGCGGGUCAAGUGGAACUCAGGAAGGCUCAAGCGGAGCUACGCUAUGCUUUGUCUAUUGAAGAGCAGUAUUGGAGUCAAAAGGCACGUGUCAAAUGGCUUCGAAGUGGGGAUCGUAAUUCGAGGUAUUUUCAUGCGGUGGUCAGGCAGAGACGGGCCCAAGGGCUGAUACAUCGAAUAAAGAAAUCCAACGGUGAUUGGGUGGAUACGGAUGCUGAGAUAGCAAGUGAGGCAAUCACGUACUUUUCUAAUCUUUUUGCUGGACCGUUGGAGGCUGCCUCCGAUAUGUUGCACCUCAUUCCACCCUUGAUUACAACGGAGGACAAUUGCAUGUUUGAGGCAGCUCCUAAUAUAGAGGAGGUGCAUCAAGUGGUAAGGGCAAUGGAUGGGGACAGUGCAGCGGGCCCUGAUGGAUUCACAGGUAAAUUUUACACCUUUGCAUGGGAGGUUAUUGCUCAGGAUGUUUAUAAUGCGGUACUCAGCUUUUUCUAUGGGGCAGAACUUCCUCGCUUCGUCACCUCUACCUCGAUCGUGCUGCUUCCUAAAGUCUCGAAUCCUCAGGAUCUCUCUCAAUUUAGACCGAUUAGUCUGUGUAACUUCUUUAACAAGUUGUUAUCCAGAAUCUUGGCUGAUAGAGUGGCUGGUGUCUUGCCAAGGAUUAUCUCCCCCCAGCAGUCAGGGUUUGUUAAGGGCCGCAAUAUAUCGGAGAAUUAUCUACUAGCUCAAGAGGUGGUGGUGGGUAUUGGGAAAAAAGCUAGGGGUGGCAACGUCGUUCUGAAGCUAGACAUGUCCAAAGCUUAUGACAGGGUAUCUUGGUUGCAUAUUAUUGGGGUCUUGCGGAGGUUUGGCUUUGGGGAGCGUUUCAUAGAUAUGGGUGACCCAUUGUCGCCGACACUAUUUAUUAUAGCGGCCGAGGUCUUGUCGAGAGGCUUAAAUGCACUCAUGGUGCAAUCGGGUUUCUUGGGGUUUAAAGUUCCAUAUGGUUGCCCCUCCAUAACUCAUUUGGCGUUCGCGGAUGAUGUGCUUAUUUUUGCGAAUGGGUCCUCCUCCUCUCUGAAGGACAUUAUGCAGGUGUUGGAGAUGUAUCAACGGUGCUCAGGCCAGUUGAUAAGUGCCCAAAAAAAUGGCUACUUGGUUCAUCCGUCACUAUCCCUGGCUCGAAGAAGGGUGAUUGAACGUGUCACGGGGUUUACUUGGCAGCCUUUCCCUAUCCGCUAUCUAGGGUUUCCACUUUACUUUGGGAGGUGUAAAUCUUCAUAUUAUGCAGCAGUGGGUCAGUCUAUCCUUGGACGGGUCUUAUCAUGGAAAUCAAAGUUUUUGUCUGCAGGGGGCAAGAUGGUUUUAAUCAAGCAUGUGUUGUCGUCAAUGCCAGUACAUUUGCUAUCCGCUGCUGUGAUUCCUACCUCGAUUUUUAAAUCCAUAGAGCAGGUUUGCUCGAAUUUUUUGUGGGGGUCAACGGCCGAAGAGUCGAAGUUUCACUGGAUACGGUGGACUCAACUGUGUUACCCGGUUGAGGAAGGUGGGGUAGGGUUUCGGAGGCUAAGGGACGUCUAUACAGCUUUCUCGUGUAAACUCUGGUGGAGUUUCCGUACGGGAACGUUACUGUGGGCUGCUUUCAUGCAUGCUAAGUAUUGCAGAAUGGUCCAUCCUGGUCAGGCAGAGAUGAGGUUGACGGAUUCGGCUAUCUGGAGGCGUAUGUUGAACGUGAGCCGACACGUGGAACUUUCCAUGGUAUGGUUAGUCAAUGACGGGUCGUGUCACUUCUGGUAUGAUAACUGGCUAGGCAGCGGCGCCUUAUGUCUUAGAGCACCAGUUGAUCUAUCUCUCUCGUUUUGUAAUUUUAUUACCAAUGGGCACUGGGAUGCAAGUCUUUUGUCUCGAACCUUGCCAGGGGACAUUGUCCCCUCCAUCUUACAAUACCCGGUCCCUGACGGAGGGUGUGCAGAUGAAGUCAUUUGGGUGCCAUCGACGUCUGGUACAUUCACAUUAGCAUCUGCUUUUCGAGACGUCCGACAAGCCCGUAACACGUCGGUGAUUUCCUCUAAGGUUUGGCAUCCUCGCCUCCCUUUGAAAGUGUCAUUCUUUAUGUUGCGCUUAUUGAGGGGGAGGCUGCCACUGCCGGAUGCUUUGUGCAGACUUGGGUUCCAUUUACCUUCUAAAUGUUUUUGCUGUCAUGGUGCGUCUGAGGAAUCUAUUGAGCAUGUGUUUGCCAUUGGUCACGUAGCGUCAGAGAAUUCCCCGAGCUCUUCACUGCGAGCUCGCAUAGUCGACUGGUGGUUGCGGUCACACAAUUCUGCGAUUCGGCGUUUUAUUUGUCUUAUCCUUCCAAGUUUUAUCUGUUGGCAUAUUUGGAAGGCUAGAAAUAAAGCAGUGUUUGAAGGGGAACAGAUGCGGUCUACUGUCAUUUGUCAAUCCAUCUUCUCGGAAGUCAAGUCCAUUGUGGAUAUCCAUUUCAAGCAAAAGCUUGGGGUGCAAACUUUCUGUCAGUUGUUUGAUUGGUCGCAUUUGACUACCAGUGUAUUUGACUUUAAACUUGUUCGCUGGGAGGUGACGGCGAUGGGGGGUCUGGUGCUUAAUACGGAUGGUUGUUCCAAAGGUAAUCCAGGAGUGGGUGGAGGUGGGGGGGUUCUCCGGGAUUCAACUAGGAUGCCUCUAGUUGCGUUUUUAGCUUUCUUCAGGGAAACUACUUGUCUUCGCGCGGAGACAUUAGCCCUUCUCAUUGGCCUUCAAACGUGUGUUCACCGGGGUUUUAUUAAUCUAUGGGUGGAAUCGGACUCAUUGGUCUUAGUUGGGGUUCUCCAGCGGCGCAUUCAGUGCCCGUGGCAGAUCCGAAGGGAAGUCCGGCAGAUUUGGCGGUUAGUCGAGGACCAUGCCUGA